AAACAGAUCAAACAGACAAUCACCUCAGUCCAAAACUUAUGCUGAGUAAGGGUACCACACAUAUUAGUAAAAUUUCCACUAGAGAAGGACACCUUCCUUGACCACUACUCCCUCAUAUGUUAUAAAUGUAAUUAGUUCUCUUACUUUUUCUAAAAAAAAUUAUCCACUGUAGUCCCUAGCACUUCAAGCAGUCGAGAUGGCCCUCUUUUUUCUCUUGCACUUACUUCUCAUAAUCAUGGUAUCCUUUGCUAUGUUUGGUGAAGGAGCAAAUGAUUGCAAAGAGUCUAGGUGCAAUAGUGAUGGCCCUAGCAUUCGUUUCCCCUUCAGGCUUCAACAUCAGCCCCAACAUUGUGGAUAUCCUGGCUUUGAGCUAUCUUGUACCAACAAUAAGACCAUACUCAGUACCCUUCCCAAUUCACUUAUACUAAUAGUUGAGGAUAUUGAUUAUGCGUCACAGGAGAUUAGACUUUAUUAUCCGAGAAGUUGUAUUGUGAACCUAUUGCAUUUUAACUUUUCAGCAUCUCCUUUCCUCUUAAAGCACGAGCCUUUUCUUUGUAACUUUUCCAUUUUUAGUCCUUCUGGUAUCUCAAACGGUGACUUUGGCUCACAGAAUUGCUCUGCCACCUCUGACUCUGGAUUAAUUGCUCUCAGCGAUUCAGAGAAUUUGGAAGACUAUCCUACUCUUUUAGAUUAUAAAAAGAUUGAGGAAAUUUCAUCUGUUCCCUGUGAUCUAGGAUACGAUCAGCCCUUCUGGAUGAGUUGGUUAAAUCCAAAGUGUGGCAACUGUGGAGGUCUUGGAAUGGAUUGUGGUUUCAAGAACUAUAGCAACCAACUGCAGGGAACUCAAUGUUUCGACAAACCGACUACAAAAGGCGGAUUUAAGGAACCACUGAUUGCAGGUGGAGUAUUAGGAUUUCUUCUUUUGGGAAUUAUUAUGUUGGCACUCUAUGAGUUUUAUAGCUCAAGCAAAAUUGAAAGAGAGAAUCAAGCUAGAGUUGAGAAGUUUCUGGAAGACUACAGAGCUCUCAGGCCCACUAGAUAUACUUAUGCAGAGAUUAAAAAGAUAACAAAUAUGUUUCACCAACAAUUGGGAGAGGGAGCUUACGGGGUUGUUUAUAAAGGAACACUUUCUAAUGAAAUUCAUGUUGCUGUAAAAGUUCUCAAUGAUUCCAUAGGAAAUGGGGAAGAAUUUAUUAAUGAAGUUGCAGCAAUGGGGAAAAUCCACCACUUCAAUGUGGUUCGCCUCGUUGGCUAUUGCGCUGAUGGAUUCAGAAACGCUCUUGUGUAUGAAUAUUUGCCAAAUCAGUCGCUUGACAAACUCAUUUUUCCAGCAAGUUCCAAAGAUCACAUUACCCUUAAUUGGAAGAAGCUUCAUGAUAUUGCUAUGGGUAUAGCUAAAGGACUGGAGUAUCUUCAUCAAGGAUGUGACCAACAAAUCCUUCAUUUUGAUAUCAAACCCCAAAAUAUUCUGUUAGACCAUAACUUGAACCCAAAGAUUGCUGAUUUUGGUCUUGCAAAGUUAUGCUCUAAAGAGAAAAGUGGUGUAACCAUGACUGAAGCUAGAGGAACCAUGGGUUAUAUUGCACCAGAAGUAUUAUCCAGCAAUUUUGGAAAAGCGUCUCAUAAAUCUGAUGUCUAUAGCUUUGGGAUGCUGCUACUUGAAAUGGUUGGAGGGAGGAAGAAUUUUGACGCAAAGGCCAAUAAUAGCCAAGUGAACUUUUCUGAGUGGAUUCAUCAACGAGUGAAUGAAGGAGAAGAGUUGAAAAUCAGGAUCGAGGAAGAUGAUGAUAUCAUAAUUGUAAGGAAAUUAGCUAUUAUAGGAGUUUGGUGCAUCCAAUGGAAUGCAACGGAUCGACCUUCAAUCAAAAUUGUUACACAAAUGCUAGAAGGAGAUGGGAGCAAUCUAACUAUUCCUCCUCCCUUUACAGCAAGAUAUACCAGCCACCUAGGAGCUGGAGUGAUUGCAUGCCCUUCUAGGGAAGAGUUGAGUGAAAUAUCAGAACAAGAAUGAAUGGGAGCCGCAUAUAAAGUUCUGAUGUCAGAUUCAGUACAAGUGGAUGCUUGAAUUUCAGUAAUUUGAUUAGAUAUCUGUUGAGUCUUUUAGCUGCAACAUCUCAACUCUUUUACAUGUGCAAGAUAUUUUAUUGCGAGUCACAAUUUGUGACUGUGUCUAGUUUA